ACUAACUUUGCUGCAGAACGCCGGUAAAUCUGAAAACACCAGCCGUGCCUUGCUAGGCAGCUCUGGGACCUGCUGUGUUUUACCUGUAGAGACGUUUAGUGUAAGAUGUCCGGGGCAUCAGACGGAGCGGAGGCUAACUGGAUCCUGCGGCAUCCCGCGCUCCAGCAGAUGAAAGAGCUGCAGGUGGGGGACAGCGAGCAGAUCCACGCAGCUUUUCUAGUCUACAUGGAUCUGACUGAGGUGCGUCGGUGGAAGGAGGUCUCCUGUGUGAAAAUUCCCGACCUGCAGGCGGUUCUGCUGGAGGCCCAGGAGAAGGAUGGGGGUCCGGUCUACACCGUUCUGCCGCUGCCAGUUCACCAAUCUCUGAGCCACAGGAGCAUCCGCCAGGCGCUGGACCGGGGCUUCCCUCUGCUGCUGUGUGCCGUGGCGUCCGACUCCACCCUGGUCUACCAGAGGAUGACCGAUGGGUUGGUGACCCCUGACCCCCCUGUUGGGCCCUUUGAGGACGUGGGGCGGCGGCAGCGCCGGAAGAGGCGGCAGCAGCAGCAGCGUUGAUCCCGCUCUGUGGCAGUGUGCUUCUCCUCUCCUGCUUGUGCAGCUCUACAGUUUGAAACUUCAGAGCAGUGCGGUCCUCGCAUCGUCGCUAUGGAUACGAGGGAGCUGUGUGAAACGUUCAAUAGUCACUUUUCAUUUUGUGACAGAAGUAAUUAUCCCACAUUGUCGUCAGCUUCCUCUUCCUUGGAGGUUUCAACUCCUCAAACUUCCCUUCCUGUGUCCAGCGCCCCCACAAGGGCUCAGGACAGGUGGGGAAUUCCGUUUCAAGUUUUAUUUCAAAUAUUAGUUUUUGUACUGAAAUAUUGCAUAUUUUACCAAAGGUAGAAUAAAUAUAAAAAGAUGACUUCCUGAGGAAACAUAGCAAAGUUUUUUGUUUUUUUUUUCUCCCUGCAUACGAAUUUGUUCAUUCCUGCCAGACUUCUUUCUAUUGGGAGGACGCAGCAGAGAGCAUGAGGGGAGAUGGAGUAGGGCUGAGCAGGGUGUUCACCUUGCUGAUUGACAGCACUAAGACCCGCCUCCUGGCUCUGAUCGGUUGUUACCAGUAGCUUGAUUUUGCUUUCUUUUUUCACAGAUUUACUUUCUCAACAUGCUGUCACGACAUGGUUACUCUUUCAGCAAAUAUGUAAAAAAAAAAAAUACAUAUAUAU